AGGGCGUGGUCGCGGGGCGUGGUGCCGAGGCCCCGCCCCCGGCGGCGCUCAGCGCCAUGGGCGAGGGGGAGCCCAGCAUGGCGCAGCAGCUGAUCAGCGGUGCCGGUUACGUGCCCCAGGACGGGCUCACGGCCCAGCAGCUCUUCGCCUGUGCCGAUGGCCUCACCUACAAUGACUUCCUCAUCCUCCCCGGCUACAUCGACUUCACGGCCGACGAGGUGGACCUGACCUCGGCACUGACCAGAACCAUCACCCUGAAAACACCGCUGGUGUCAUCGCCCAUGGACACGGUCACCGAGGGGGACAUGGCCAUCGCCAUGGCUCUGAACGGCGGCAUCGGCAUCAUCCACCACAACUGCACCCCCGAGUUCCAGGCCAGCGAGGUGCGCAAGGUCAAGCGGUUCGAGCAGGGUUUCAUCCUGGAGCCGCUGGUGAUGAGCCCGGCGCACACCGUGGGGGACGUGUGGGACGCCAAGGCGCGCCUCGGCUUCUCGGGGGUGCCCGUCACCCACUCGGGGCGCCUGGGGGGGCGGCUCGAGGGCAUCGUCACCUCCCGCGACAUCGACUUCCUGCGCGAGGGGGACAGGGCCACGCCCCUGGCACAGGUGAUGACCAAGCGCAGGGACCUGGUGGUGGCCCCAGCCGGUGUCACCCUCAAAGAGGCCAACGAGAUCCUGCAGCGCAGCAAGAAAGGGAAGCUGCCGAUCGUCAACAGCCGUGACGAGCUGGUGGCGCUGAUGGCGCGCACGGACCUCAAGAAGAACCGCGAGCACCCGGCGGCCUCCAAGGACGGGCGGAAGCAGCUGCGGGUCGGGGCGGCCAUCGGCACCCGCGACGACGACAAGUACCGGCUGGACCUGCUCGUGCAGGCGGGCGCCGACCUCGUGGUGCUGGACUCGUCGCAGGGGAACUCGCGGUACCAGCUGAGCAUGAUCCGAUACAUCAAGGCCAAGUACCCCGAGCUGCAGGUGGUGGGGGGCAACGUGGUGACCGCGGCCCAGGCCAAGAACCUGAUCGACGCCGGGGUGGACGCGCUGCGGGUGGGGAUGGGCAGCGGCUCCAUCUGCAUCACCCAGGAAGUGCUGGCGUGUGGCCGUGCCCAGGCCACGGCCGUGUACCGCGUGGCCGGGUACGCGCGGCGCUUCGGUGUCCCCGUCAUCGCUGAUGGUGGCAUCCGCAGCCCCGGGCACGCCGUGAAGGCGCUGGCUGGCGCCUCCACCGUGAUGAUGGGGUCGCUGCUGGCGGCCACCACGGAGGCUCCGGGCGAGUUCUUCUACUCGGAGGGCGUGCGGCUGAAGCAGUACCGGGGCAUGGGCUCGCUGGACGCCAUGGAGCAGGGCCCGGGCAGCCAGAAACGCUACUUCAGCGAGGGGGACGCGGUGAAGGUGGCGCAGGGCGUGUCGGGCUCCGUGCAGGACAAGGGCUCCAUCCACAAGUUCGUGCCGUACCUGCUGGCCGGGCUGCAGCACGGCUGCCAGGACCUGGGCGCCCGCAGCCUCUCGGCGCUCCGGUCCAUGAUGUUUGCGGGGAGUCAAGUCGAGCGCAGGACGGUGGCGGCGCAGGUCGAGGGGGGCGUGCACGGGCUGCACUCCUUCACGGUUCUGCCCUUGCCCAGAGGAGGCUGCCCUGAGGAGGGGUCCCCCCGGGCCGGCGCCCCCCGCCCGGAGCCUGCGGACCCCCCGGCCCCCCGACACCGGCGCUGCUGA